AAUAAAUGUUUAUUAUUGGUGUACGUGGUUUUUUAAGUUAAUUUUUAGCCGGUUAGUCCGUAAUUUAGUAAAAUUAAUACAAAAUCAUUUCCUAAGUGCAUUUAAACGAUUACAACAAUGUCCAACUUGAAGAGAGAUGAAAUAUUGCUACUGUUUGAUGUAGAUGGAACACUGACCGCACCAAGGUCUACAGUGGAAGCAGAAUUUGAAGACUUUUUUUACAAUAAAGUAAAACCACUUGCUACCAUAGGUAUAGUCGGUGGUUCUGAUUUGGAAAAAAUGUUUGAACAAUUGAACGGACACAAGAUUUUGGAACAUUUCGAUUUUGUAUUUCCCGAAAAUGGUUUGGUACAAAUCGAAAAGGGCAAAGAAAUGGGUAAACAGAAUAUAAUUAAGCAUUUGGGCGAGGAUACCAUACAACGUUUCAUUAACUUUGUGCUGCGUUAUUUGUCUGAACUGAAGUUGCCCUUCAAGAGGGGAACAUUUCUGGAGUUUCGUAAUGGCAUGAUGAACGUGUGUCCGGUCGGACGUCAGUGUUCUCGCGAAGAACGUAAUUUGUUUGCGGCUUACGAUAACGAACAUCAAGUGCGCCGUAAAAUGAUUGAAGUUUUGAAAAAUGAAUUUGCUGAUGUAGAUUUGACCUAUAGUAUUGGUGGCCAAAUAAGUUUUGAUGUCUUUCCCAAUGGCUGGGAUAAAACGUAUUCCUUGCGCUACAUCGAAGCUCAUUACAAAUUUAAGGAAAUACAUUUCUUUGGCGAUAAAACUGAACCUGGUGGCAAUGAUUACGAAAUAUUUAUUGAUCCCCGUACUAUUUCGCAUAAAGUCCAGUCACCAAAUGAUACCAAGAGAAUAUUAACUGAAUUAUUGAAACUUAAUUAAUUCCUUUAAAAAUGCAUUUAUUGUUGUUAUACAAAAAAAUAUAAAAAACAAUUGUUAUAUUAAAUAUUUUUAAGGAAAUGAACAAAAAAUUAAA